AUGAUAAAUCACUAGAAUGAAGAAAAUUAAUUAAAACAAUAAAAUUUUAUGAAAAAUAUUAUAUUUAUAUGCUAAAUAUAAAAUAUGUUAAAGAAAAAUAAUGAUUAUUUGUAGACAAAAUACAUAUAUGCAUAUGUAUAAUUGGGCGGGUUUGGGUUGGAUAAUAAGAAAACCAUGCCCACCCAUUACCCGCAAUAUUCGGGUUCGGGUUUUACCCGUACCCACUAAAGUUCUUCGUGUUCGGAUUUUACCCUACCCGAUUAGGUCGGAUUCGGGUGAAUAUCCACGGUUACAGAUAUUUUUGCCAUCCACUGUGACUACCGAUUUUUAAUCUCAGGUGCCGAAAUACAUACUUGCAUUCAACAAUCCAUUAGUUCUCUCAUUUCUGCCACUACAAGAAAAAGUGGUUUUUGCAACCAAAAUCUUUACAACCAAUGUAAAAUUGGUUGCGCAAGGGCUAAUAUUGACAACCAAUUACAUUUUGGUAGCAAAAAAAUUAAAAAAUUGGUUGCCUAUUGAAAUCAAAGUAUCGAUAACCAAAUAAACAUUGAGAAGACCAAAUAAUUUGGUAGCAAAAUGAUUUAUAAUUUUCUUAACCAAAUAAUUUUGGUAGCAAAAUGAUUUAUACUUUCUCCAACCAAAUAAUUUUGGUAGCCAAAUAAUUUUUAGUUUAUUCAACCAAAUAAUUUGGUAACAUAUUGAAUUUUACUUUUUCCAACCAAAUAUUAUUGGUAUCAAUUUAUUUUGUAAAUCAUUGAUAGCUAAAUAAACUAAGUUGUUUGGUUGUAUUAAGUUGAUGAUAAAUAAAUUUUAGGCAUGACAUAUGGCUACCUUCAAAAUUUGGCAGCGAUAGUGUUAAUUAUUUUUAUGUAAACAAAUAACAACUCCACGUUUACUUUUUCAUUUUUCUGCUAACCUAUUCCGUCUCCAACUCUCCUCUUUUUUUUUCUCAUUUCCCUCUUUGCUACUUAGAAACUCUUUGAGAUCCGACUACCAAAUCGUGAACCAUUCUCUAUUUCUUUCGUUCAGCAAUCAAAUCGCUGUCCAUUUGCAUUUGAUUCCCUCAAUCAGCUACCAAAUCGCGAUCCAGGAGAGACUGGUUAUGGCGGGGGAGAUUGGGGAUCUUAGGAAUCCAACGAGGAUUUUUUUUUGUAAAUCCUCGAUUUUCAGCAUCGAUUCGACGUUUCGGUCUCGUUUUGAGGAUGCAACGAGCAAUUCCUUGAGCGAUGAGCGAGUUCUUCUUAGCGGCGAUUCCGUUGCCGGUCGAUUUCAAGAAACUUUGGAGAUUCCAUCGAAGCGAGGCGGCUGCGAGCUGCGAUUGCUUCUCCUCCCCUCCCGUUGCGGCUGCUCAUCGAGCUCAGAAGCUCCUCCAGAACCACCGCACUAUUCUCCUAGGAUUCCCAUGAGAAUCGGUCUAACGCGGCGGCGAUUGCUCCAAAUGGAAACCCAGUUAUGCUCGCUUUUGUUCCCCUAGCUGUCGAUCAUCCUCAAACUCUCCCGGAAGUCACUGCCCCUGGUAGCUCAGUUAGUGAGAAGGAUACUAUAGAUUCUCAGGCACAAGACGAGUUGUGAUUGGACAUGAAGGAAAAGAUACAGAAGCUAAUCAUUUGCUUGAUGAUAUGAUUGGGAGAGCCUCAAAAUCAACCACCGGGUGUUAGGAACAAUAUUGGUCAUUUGCUGGAUGAUAUGAAUGGGAGAGUUUCAAAAGCUUCUUUAUCCCGACGAUUCAUCGUAUAAGUGGUUUUGCGGCAUUCUAUCCCUUCUCUGCUACUUUUCACACUUUGCGUUAGUUGGUUUAGCUGCAAGGUGUAGACGGCCAGAGGGGAACAUAAGGUUUGUAUCUGGUUUGACACUCAUACUUCAAGCCUUGAUUGUUGUUGAGUCUAGAAUCGGUAGUCUUUGACUGCAAUUGCUGACUUCUGAUGCAUUAAUAAUGGCAGUUAUCUAUUUUGAAAUUGCUUCUAUUUGGUAUUUAUUGUUUGGAUUAUCAGAGCUUGCAGGCUGAAGCAAAGGUUUGCUGUUGAUUUAACAUACCAAUUCACCAAAUAUCAUGGCUAGGUAAACCUUUCCCUUCUCUUUAAGUUAUGAUGAUUGUCCACAAGCUGCGAGUUAUUACUCCAAUUUGUAUUGGUUGAAUUGGCAGGCAACUUAAUGCCCCCCUCUUUUCUGGAGCGUUGAAUGUGUCUAUUAUGUUUUUAGGCUGAGAUGAUCUCUUUCUAAGCUCCAUGAAGAACUACAUAACAUGUUCAAGUUUCAGUGUACCUUGCUGAGCUCUCAGAUAUCAACCAUCUUUGAGUUUUAUUCUUGUGAUUGUAUAAUUCUGCGUUGGGGUUUACUUUCUCUGUUUAUUCAUCCAUUGGAAUGAAUUUGUAAAUGCAAACAGUAGACACUAAUUGUGGUACAUCUUCAUUAAUAAUAUUGAAAAUUUCUCACUUUGCAUGUUUCUUUAUAAGUACCAUGUACCUAAAGUGCUUCAGAAUCUGGUGUCCUUUCUUCCACCUGCCACUCUCAACAAAUUAACCUUUUCUUUCUUGAUUUCUCUAUUCUAGCGUGGCCAUUAUAUCAGAGCAAAGAAUCAUCAGUUAACUUGUAAAUUGUUGACUAGUUAUGAUUGCUCCAUAUACUAGACUAUUUUCAUGCAAUUAAUUUCUCAGUUCAUAUACUGAGAACUGACUGUUUCCUAUAUUUGUAGCAUUUAUCUUUUGGUUGCAGUUCUAGAGAACUUAAUAUACUCUAUUGAUGAGAUCACCUAGCCAUCAUUGUAUUUGUAAUUCAUUUUGUUUCUCUUAGCUUCAUUUGUAUCUUUUUUGGCUUCACCUCUCAGAUUUAAUCGUUUCUUCUUCAACAGGGGCGGUCGUUAUUAUUCUUCUUCUAGCUGGUUUCUUACGCUGUGCAUAUGAAAUAUGUGUUUUCUAUCUUACGGCUGGUAAACAUGCUUCCAGGAGCUACUCUCCUUCUGGCUUCUAUGCUGGCUUAAUCACAAUUUCCUAGGCAAUCAACAUGUUGUUUAUUGGCAGAAUGAGCAACUCUGUGUUUCUGCCUCUCAGCUCCAGUUACCAGGUUUGCCUCUAUUCUAUAUAAUUAUUUUUAUUUUUCUGCAUUAUUAUUGACAGUAUGGUUGGUUGAUCAUACUCUAUUUGGUAUUUAUGGUUUCUAGUGAGAGUUAAUGAAGCUUUUUUUUUUCAUUCUCUAGUGGUAGAUAAUGAAUUAAGUUUCAGUUUUAGAUGAUGUUUGGGAUAGAUUGGACCUCCAAUUCUACUGCUCACCUUCUUUGUUCCCAGUUCGAUGCAACAUUCUGGUGAAACAUGGAGCUUCUGUAGCUUGAUGCUCUCUUUGACAUAUAUGGAGAAUCUUGAACUCACUUUUGUUGAACUUGUUAACCCUUUUAUGUUGGGGAAGGAAGAGUCAGUCUGGGGCUUCUGGUUGCAUUAAUUUGUCUGUUGUACUUGUCUGUGAUAGAGGUAUAAAUAUAAAUGGCCUAUGUGUAAGGGUAUGAGGAGUUUUUCCUUCUUACUUCCUGCUUAAUUUUUAAGUUCAACUGCUUCUUUUUGCCAUUGUCUGGAAAAUUUUACCUUGAUGGUGAAGAAUUGAAUGACGAACUAUUGGCAACUAUAAGAGAAUGGUUAUAUUUUGCAGAGUUCUUGACUUGUGCUCAAUCUGACUGUUCUCAAUUAUGUGAAAAUUUAUGUUCUGCAGGUGGAUCUGUUUUAGUAGAGUUUAAGAGAGCAUUGGAUGACUACUAGUCUCUUCUCAUUGGUCUAACUUAAAAAGGUGAUUGGUUGUUCUUUAAGUUUGCUUCUCUCUUUUAUCCUUCUUGUUAAUAAGUAGCUGAUUGCUUUGAAUUUUGUUCUCCAGAACAUGGAAUUGAGGACUUGGUCAAGUUCAGGCUUACCUGUGGUUCUAUAUUCUUGAAUUGUUGAUUCUUGUACCUCUGAAAUUAGGUAUAAAGCAGUACCUGAGCUCUUUCGGGAUUACUUCAAAACCUCUGGCUCUUUUGGCUGAUCCGUCUUUGCUACAGGACAAGUUUUCCUAAGGACAGGUUAGGCAUAUGCUUAAAUUCAAUCCUUCUUUUUCUUUUCCAAAUUGCUGAACAACUGCAACUAGAUUGGCAAAUUGAACAUUCAGGGGAGAGUUUAAACUUUAGAAAGAAUUCUCACAGACAGCAAGAGAGCCAGCUUAAGCUUCUGUCUUUCGCAUCAAGUUACCAGGUUUAGGCUCUGUUUUUCUGCAUUUCAUCUAUGAGCCGAUUAUAUCUUUAGUCUUGCAAGCUACCUAAUUCACCUCCUAUAUUUGGUUUAUGUUUGACUGAGAAAGAAUGGUGUUCAUGUAUGCAGUUUUUCCAUACCCUUGAUGUGGAUACAAUCCAUUACCUUAUGAUUUGUAAUAUUCAUCCAAGCUAUCCUCGCAUGACAUAUAUCCGAAAUGGUUGGAUGGUUCAUUUGCUUAUCAAGUUAGUGAUACAUACUGGUUUAAUGGGAUUUAUCAUUGAAUAGUUUAGAAGCUCAAUGUUGAAGUUAGUUGUUCUUUUCAUUUUCUUUUGCACUCUUUUCAUAUUUCAUAUCAUGUGUUAGGUUGGCGUUCAUAUUUGGUUGGAAGGCAGCAGAGUGACCCAUAAUAGAUUUUAUAUGAGAAAGCAGUUUGGAUUGCCUAAUCGUAUUUGCAGAAUUUAUAGAAUAACGAAUGCUCUUUAACAUUCAUAUUUGGUAGGAAGGCAGUACAGUGAUCCAUCCUGCUCUUGAGCGCCUGACAGCGAGCUUGGUGGUCGGAUUGGAGGGGCUUGAAAGCUUUAUCUCUGUAAUUGUGAUUUUUGAAAUACUGGGUUUAUUUUUAGGGAUAAAAUUGUUUAAUUGUGAUUUUUGUUACUAAAUAUUUUUAUAUAUGAGAUAUGAUAUGAAGCAAAUUUUUAUUAUAUUUAAUUUAAUUUUUCAAUUUCCGUUUUAGUGACCAAAAUCUCAACAAUAAAUUUGGCCAUAUUAAAUUAUUUAUUUGGUUGGCUUAAGUGUUUUUCGCAACCAAAAUUCAUGGUUGUGAUAAACUUUUAUAACCAAAAGAAUUAGUUGUCUAAAAUGAUAUAAUAGGUCGACGUAUGUAUUUUCACAACCAAAAUUCAUGGUUGUAAUAAAUUUUCAUGACCAAA